UCUGUUCCUCUCUCUGUCACCCAGCUGGAAGUGUUUCCUCUCCGCGCGCCGCCCGCCGCCGCGUUCCCCCAACCAUCGCCGCCGCCUCCACCAACGGCCCACCAACCUCGCCGCGCCGCGCCCGCCCGUCCCGCCUCCAACCAUCUCGGCCGUGCCGAGCCGCCGGCCACUCGGCCGGAUGCCGCCGCUCCGCCCCCCGCCGCCGCGGCUCCUCCUCAACAACGUCUCGUGCAUGCGGAACGCGCAGACGGUGCUCCGCGACAUCAACCUCAGCGUCCACGACGGCACGGCGCUCGUCCUGACCGGCGCCAACGGCUCCGGCAAGACCACCCUCCUCCGCAUGCUGGCCGGCUUCUCGCGCCCCUCGGCCGGGGAGAUCCUCUGGAACGGCCACGACGUCACCUCCCCGGGCGUGUUCCAGCAGUACAAGCUGCAGCUCAACUGGAUGUCGCUCAAGGACGCCGUCAAGGAGAAGCUCACCGUGCUGGAGAACGUGCAGUGGUUCGAGCUCCUCGAGGGGAAGGACGGCACCAGGUCCGGGCCGGCCAUCGAGCUCAUGGGGCUCGGGAGGCUAAUGAACGAGAAGGCCAGGAUGCUCUCCAUGGGGCAGAGGAAGCGGCUGCAGCUCGCCAGGCUGCUCGCCAUUGACCGCCCGAUCUGGCUGCUGGAUGAGCCCUCCGUCGCGCUGGAUGCGGAGGGUACGAGGCUGCUCGAGUACAUCAUCGCGGAGCACCGGAACAAGGGUGGCAUCGUGUUCGUGGCGACGCAUCUCCCGAUCGAGAUUGAGGAUUCCAUGUCCCUUCGUCUGCCGCAGAGGUUCCCCCGGAGGAAGACGCUGGUUGAUCUUGUCCAUUGAUGGCAAUUAGGUUUUACUGAUGUGUUGCCUAUCCAUCUGAAGCUUCAGCUGGCAGAAACCAGGAAACUUGACCAAAUUCGCAGACCUUUGUAUCGAAUCAGGUAACUGAUGUACGGUUUAGGAGCGUCUGUUCUCACACUUUUAUCAGUUUACGCAUCAAUUAUCAUUGAUUUCUGUCCUAAUAGUCAUGUUAUUCUGAAUCUGUUAAUAAUUUUACAGCUUAGACAUCUUUGUGCAGCUAAUCCUGCACGCUAUAUGUUGCAGUACAACUGCUUUCUGCAUUUCUGGGUGCUGUGUUUAACUGAUUAAGAACAUUUGA